AUGGCCACCGAUAUGUCUCCAGCUAUCCCUCAAGCAGAGCUUACCCCGCCGAGCGUCAAGCCUCAAGAGCUCUCGUUCACAUUGCCCAGAGCUUUGCACACAACGGCACAUGUUCACUUGAACUUUAUGAACCAUUGUGCCACUGUUUUCCUCGCUACAUCUACACCUGGUGACUCGGGUGGCUCUAUCAAGCCGAUGGGGAGCUUUGUCUACGCAAUGCCUGAUCGCACGUCACCCAAAUCAACAAUCUCAACCACACUCUACACAUCACCACCCAGUAUCGAAUACACAACUCGCAUAGCCAAAAUCCUGGCUAGACGGCUUUACAUGCCCGUCUACGUCGGUUGCAGCAUUGACCCGCAUUCCUUGGGCUUGGAAGUUCAGGAAGAGAUGGAGGGACUUACCAGCAUUGUUAACGUGAUUAUGGCGAAUUGGGAAGAGCAUAAACAGGAGAAGGCUAGAAGUGCGAAAUAA